UAAAGUGACGCUAAUAUGUGGUUAUUUUUAUAAAGUGACCUUUGAGUGUUUUACCGCUCACCCGCCGAGUGAUGCUCCCGUGUGUAAAAGAGACAGAGAAGAUGGACGACAUAGACGACAUGUUCAGCCAUCUGCUCGGAGAGAUGGAUCAUCUUACUCAGAGGCACACGUUCACCAGCACCUUCAGCAGAGCUGCUGUUCCAGCCGCGUCCCCUGUGCACCACUCCCCCACACUCCCUCUCUUCCCUGCAGACCCUGCCCCAAUCCUGCACCCUGCCACACUGGCGUCACUAAAUGAUCAUGAAAAGGCCCCGAGCAUCAUUGUAAUCAUCACAACCUUUCCCCUGGGAACCUUCAGAAGUCUUACAGCUGACGCAGCAGACGCGGGCGCUGCCGCAGAGCAGAGACCCUUAUCCUUCGGCUUCAAAGACCUGAAAGAGUCUCUGAAUGAACUGGAGGACCAUGACCUGGAUGCUCUGGUGGCUGACCUGGGUGCCACGUCCACGUUGCAAGAAUCUUCCUCUUCUGAGGAAAUCUGCAGCCUGGCCGAUGAUCCGACCGCAGCAGCCGCCGUGACCCAGGAGCCUCCCAUGGCAGUCGCUCGUCCUACACCUGCUGCACAAUCACCCGGCCGGAUGAAAACGAAGGAACCCAAAACAAAGGCAGACAAGAUCAAACUGGCUUUGGAGAAGCUGAAAGACGCUAAAGUGAAGAAGCUGAUAGUAAAGGUACUGAUGGGUGACGGCAGCUCCAAGGUUCUGAUGGUGGAUGAGAAGCAGACGGUCCGACACGUCUUGGACAAGCUGUUUGAGAAGACGCACUGCGACCGGAGCGUCAGCUGGAGCCUGUGUGAGAGGAGUCCAGAGCUCCAGACCGAACGAGGCCUGGAGGAUCAGGAGUAUCUGGUGGAAGCUCUGUCUGGCUGGACCCGCCACAGCCAAAACAAGCUCUGUUUUAUCUCCACACCUCAAAAGUAUGUGAUGUUCACGAACCCUCAACUGUUUUACAUGUGGAAGAGGACGAGGGAAAGCUCGGCACAGAUGAGCAGCCAGAACCAAGCGCUGCUGGUCAAGGAGCAUUUCGGAGGCGGAACUGUGAUUGUCCCUGACCUGGAGGGUUUCCUGCACCUGAAAGAGGACGGGAGGAAGGUGUGGAAGCCUCGCUACUUCAUGCUGAGGGCCUCGGGCAUCUAUUACGUUCCCAAGGGGAAGACAAAGUCUUCCGCGGAUCUGACGUGCCUCGUCCGCUUCGAGAGGGUCAACAUCUACACCAGCAGCAACUACAAGCAGAAAUACCGAGCUCCCACCAGCUUCUGCUUCCUGCUGAAGCAUCCCUGCAUCCAGAGAGAGUCUCCUCACGUCAGGUUCCUGUGCUGCCAUGACGAACACUCGCUGCUGCUCUGGGUCAACAGCAUCAGGAUAGCCAAGUACGGCCCUUCCCUCUACGACAGCUACCAGGCCGCCCUGCAGAGAGCAGACGCCCUGCAGGAUCUCCAGCCCUCUGCACAGACAGCCCUCGUGCCGAGCCAGGUCCAGGUUCUACAGGCCCAGGUCCAGGUCCAGGUCCAGGUCCAGGUCCAGGUCCACGUCCACGUCCAGGUCCAGCUCCAGCUCCACCCGGAUGCAGAAACAUGGAGCAGCAUCCGUGUGAGGAUCCCCCCGACUUCAUCCCCCCACCGCCCCCCAGGCAGGUCUGAGUCCCCCCUCAACCCUCAACCCCCAACCCUAAACCCCCCGGACAGGUCUGAGUCCCCCCUCAACCCUCAACCCCCAACCCUAAACCCCCCGGACAGGGACGCUGGCUACGUCUCCUCCGAACAGGUCUGA